AUGAAGCUACUCGUGGAAAUAUACUACGACCACGUUAUCGCGACACCAAUAAAAUUCCAUACUGAAAGUUAUAUGGGAGAUGAGAUUCUUGAUGCUUCUGUCGCAACAAACCUGGUGGCGGAAAUGAAUCAAAUCGAUCUGAAUACUAUUGUUGGUAAUAAUGAGUUGAUAGUAAACGAAUACUGGCUGUUUACCAGGAGAAAUCCCAUAACACCUCAAAUGAUUAUCGAAGGAGACGUGAAUUCUAUCUUGAAUUCGAACUACGAUGCUAGUAAGCCUUUGAAAGUUAUAGUACACGGAUGGAACAGGAACGGUCAUGCUCAAUCAAACACAGUAGUAACGUCCGCGUAUUUGGAAACAUAUGACGUCAAUGUAAUUGUCGUUGACUGGAGAGUGGCUGCCAGUGGAGAUUAUGUUGAUGUUGCUUUAAGGAUUCCAGCAACUGGUCGGGCCCUUGGACACUUUUUGCAAUGGUUCCUCAACAACGCCGGUGGAAACUGGGAUACAUUGCAUUUGAUUGGCUACAGUUUUGGGGCUCAUAUAAUAGGUACAACUGGACGUCUUCUUGGAGGUCGACCUAUACGAGUCACUGGUCUAGACCCUGCCGGCCCAGGUUGGAGUGGUAACUCUCAUGCCCUGAACACUGCGGCUGGCCGUUACGUUGAGGUUAUUCACACAAAUGCAAUGACGCGUGGUAUAACAGAACCCAUUGGUCAUACGGCCUUUUAUCCGAAUGGAGGACGUUCACAGCCAGGCUGUUAUGACAGUGCCUGCAGUCACGCUCGUUCUUUCUUCUUCUUCGCUUCUAGUGUUCGUACAGAUCGUUUUGUUGCAAGACGAUGCACCGGUCUCUUACAAGCUUUGCAAAAUACAUGCAGUGGCGAUGAAUUUAACAUGGGAAACGGAAUAUUAGAUAAGAAUGGAAGCGGAAUUUAUGCGUUAACAACAGGAAGCAGUUGGCCUUUUUAA